GCCAGCUGGGGCCUGGGGUUCGCUAACCAUGGCUUACAAGUAGGUGCCAGAGCCAGCUUGGCCAGGGCAGUGUGCGCCAGCACCACCGAUCCGCCGGGAUUGGCACAGGGACCAGCAUGGGCCGGGAUGCACUGGGAUGGGGUCGGGUCCCUGCUCACUGCCCCAGGGCUUCCCUGCAGAUCCGCCUCUCGGGAGGCAGGACGCCGUUUGAGGGCCGCGUGGAGGUGAAGCGAGGCAGUAAGUGGGGCAUGGUGUGCAGCGAGGGCUGGACCACCAAGGAGGCGAUGGUGGCCUGUCGCCAGCUCGGUCUGGGCUAUUCCCUGCAUGCGGUGACGGAGACCUGGUACUGGAUGCCAGACGUGACGGAGAUGGUGCAGGCGGGGAAGUGCGCUGGGCAUGAGAUGUCCCUGAGCCACUGCCAGCACCACGGCUCCAGCAUCAACUGCAGGAACACGGGCACACGCUUCGCUGCCGGCGUCAUCUGCUCCGAGACCGCCUCCGACCUGCUGCUACACGCGCCGCUGGUGCAGGAGACGGCGUACAUUGAGGACCGGCCGCUGCACAUGCUGUACUGCGCCGCCGAGGAGAGCUGCCUCUCCAUCGCCCGCCUCGCCAACUGGCCCUAUGGGCACCGCCGCCUGCUCCGCUUCUCCUCCCAGAUCCACAACAACGGCCGCGCCGACUUCCGCCCCAAGGCCGGGCGGCACUCCUGGGUCUGGCACGAGUGCCACCGGCACUACCACAGCAUGGACAUCUUCACCCACUACGAUAUCCUCACCCCCAAUGGCACCAAGGUGGCAGAGGGGCACAAAGCCAGCUUCUGCCUGGAGGACACCGAGUGCGAGGAAGACGUGGCCAAGCGGUACGAGUGUGCCAUCGGGGAGCAGGGCAUCACGGUGGGCUGCUGGGACCUGUACCGGCACGACAUCGACUGCCAGUGGAUCGACAUCACUGAUGUCAAACCGGGCAACUACAUCCUGCAGGUCGUGAUCAACCCCAACUUCGAAGUGGCAGAGAGCGACUUCACCAACAAUGCCAUGAAAUGCAACUGCAAGUACGACGGGCACCGCAUCUGGGUGCACAGCUGCCACAUCGGUGAUGCGCUCAGUGAGGAGGCCAACAAGCGCUUCGAGCAGUACCCGGGGCAGCUCAACAACCAGAUCUCGUAGGGCCCAGCCCGGGAGACACCGCCGGGAGCCCCGGGGGGGGGGGGGGGGCACCUCCUGCCC